ACCGGGUGCAUGAACCAACCGAUCUCUCUUCUACUCUCUUGUUCUCUAAGCCGUCUGUUCCGACAUUUCCAAGAACUGACCAAAAUUCCACUCAAACUUCUUCUACUCCCUCUCUUGGGAAAAGAUCGCGUUGCGACGACACCGUAUGUGGUGUCGUUUGCUUGUCCGCGUCUCUUCUUCUCCUUUCCAGAGCGCAACUUGGCUUGUUGUUGUGUUUCCAGGUCUGGUCGGUUGCAACCUCAAACCCCCCAUGAUUGGCCCCAAUUUGUCGUCACCGAGCCCCAUUUCUUGAUGCAAUAAUGGCUCAGACUCUCGAAUAAAGAAUUGAGCUAUGUGAGGUGUCUGUUACGAUCAGGUUUCCAUGAUGGCGGAUUCGAAUAAUAUAUAAAGAAUAUUCUGUACGAUUUCAUACUUUCUUGGCGGUUCGUUUCUAUUAAGCUGUCUGCGGCCAUUGGAGGAGAGCUCCAGCUCCCCUUUUCUUGAGCUGGGCCCGUGUCUUUUUCUCGUCGAUCACUCCUCUGUUGUCCCCGAUUGCUUGUUUUGACUUGGCCGAUAUGUUAAGAAAUGUCUUCGUCUCUUGUAAGUGCUGCCAAGUUUCAGUUUUGAUCAAAUGGGUCGUUGGCUGUUGAUCUGAAUUGCUCCGGGGACGCUUGGGAUUUGGGGUAUUGUUGGGCACGAUGUAUGCUGUGGGGCGGCUCGGGAGUUACAUCUCUAGAGGGGUGUAUACAGUGUCCGGCCCGUUCCACCCCUUCGGCGGAGCUGUGGACAUCAUCGUCGUGGAGCAGCCCGACGGGAGCUUCAGAUCGUCGCCGUGGUAUGUCCGGUUCGGGAAGUUCCAGGGGGUGCUGAAGACGAGGGAGAAGGUAGUUAGGAUAAGCGUUAAUGGAGUCGAUGCUGGUUUCCACAUGUACUUGGACCACAAAGGUGAGGCUUACUUUCUCAAGGAAGUUGAAGGAGGAGGAGAAGAUGGGGAGUCGAACUCAUACCCUUCGUCCUCGGGCGAUGAGUCGCCUGACGGGCAAUCCCGUUCUGCAGAGAAGAGUCGGAGGCCAGUGAAGUCCAAGAGUUUCAAUUCGGAUGCUAGGGUCUCGGGGCAGGUGGAUUUGGGCGGAGGGAAGAUCGUGGCUCGGACCAAUUCGAGGAGGGCGAGGAUCUUCGGGUUUGUUUUCGGGCGUAGGUCGAUAAAGGAAGAGAGCUUUCGGGCAGGAGAGGGAGGUUUGGGUCCUGCCAUGGGGAGGGUGGACUCGCUGGAGCGGGCGGAGAUUGCUGCUGACCUCUUGGAGGUGAAGUGGUCCACGGGCCUCACCACUAAGAAGUAUAGAAAGGAAAGCACUUCCCGAUUCUCAACCGGUGAUGUUCCCGAUGCAAAGGUUGAUGAGGAAUUUCGUGUUAAUGAUGAGAGCACGGGAAGAGAUUCAGGGGAUGUCUCUUGCAGUGGGAAGAUGGGUGAGGGAAUUGAGUCUCAAUCCCAGAAAGAUGUGGAGUCGCCUCUUGAAGAUGCUGUGAUUGAGAUGUCUUGCUUGAAUACUCAAGAGGGAGUACUUGAAAUCAAAGAGAAGAGUGAGUUAACAUCUGAGACAGUUACGUAUUAUGACGAGUAUAGGUUAGGUACUCUGGGCGGGGAUGUUAAUGAAAAGAUUUUUAAUGUUGUUGAUGAGAUCACAGCAGCUAUUAACGAGGAAUUUGAUGAAGUGGGUGUUCAGGAAAGGACCCAAUUGUGUGAAUGUGAAACUUCUAAGGAGAGUCGAACAGAAAGGAAGCAAUCAGUCAGUUUCUGUAAAUCAUCAGAAAGCUUGCAUUCAGUUUUCUGUGGAUCAACAGAGGAGUAUCGUGAAACAGCGUACCUCAAUGCUGGAGAUACAGAGGAAGCUCGCCUCAAGACAAUGUUAGCUCAAAGUGAAGUGGUAUCCAAGGAUCCUGCAGUCAUUGAGUUGGUUACAAAUUACCAGGAGUCUGAAGAAGUGAUUCUAUUGGAUUCAUUAGAAGACGACCCUAAUGAAUCUCGUGAUGAUUGGAUCACUGAAGAUGGAAGCAGAGGCAAGAUCCAGCUCGACUUAGAAUCUGUCAGUAACCUGGACAAUUCUUUCUGCAAGGGUGAUUUCUCGAAGCCUGGAAGCUCUCCAUCAUCGGAGAGUUCAGAGGACGUUCAGUUCCAUUUUACUGACCUUGAUGAUCUGAGAAUCAGCAAGAAGACUAGCAUAGAUGGAAAUUCACAGGAUCGAGUAAAUGAUGAAAAGGCGAAUUUAUGUUCGGAGAAUUUUGAUCAAGACAGUAGUCCUGCUAAUUCUGAUGAUGCCAACAACAGGACAGCAUCGGCCCCCAUUAAUAUUGCUAGAAUUAGCGAUGCUGUCAAUAAUGAUGAAAAAUUUGGGCGGUUUGCAGAGUCGAUGCCUGCUAUCCGGUCCCAAAUUGAAAAUCUUGAUCCUUACUUGAUCCAUGUUCCUCUAAGUCAAUCACUGGACACAGAUUCUACAAUGUUGAGCAUAUCGUCUCCGUGCAAAGAGGAUGAGACGCCAGUGAAGUCGGGAGAGCAGUUGGACGAGGAACAACUUAACAGCAGUGGGGAUGAACAGAUAUUGGAAGAGGCAGGAAAUGUUCCUCUCCGUCCCGAAAUAGAGGUGUCUCUCUGCAGACACAUGUUAUAUGAAGGAAUGGGAGCUGAAGCCGCUGCACAAGCAUUUGAAUCCAAAAAGCUCGACAGGGACAAGUUCAUCGCCCUAUGCCCAGUGGUCAUGGGGGAUGAUAGGCUUGUGGUACGAAUUCAGGGCCGCUACUUCCCCUGGGAAUCUGCUGCUCCCAUUUUUCUGGGCAUGGUCUCUUUUGGGAGCAAACUCGUAACAGAACCAAAGGGCCUGAUUGUGGUGGAGAAAAAAGAAGAGAGGGCGAUCGAGGAGGAUUCAUCCAGGGUAAUGAGCCCAUCGAAUGGAAGCUGGAGACUCUGGCCUUUCUCUUUCAAGAGAUCUCACUCGGGGAAGGUCAUGCAAGAUACCGGAACCUCUUCUGCAGAUGAAACUGAAGGAUCACCAGAGAUCUCCCACAAUUCCAAUAAAGUUGUCCUGAAGCAGAAGUCGGUCAAGAAGAUGGUGAGGUCGGUAACUCCAACAUCUGAGCAGUUAGCUUCACUGAAUCUCAAGGAAGGGAGCAACUCAGUGACCUUCACCUUUUCCACAGCAAUGCUUGGGGAUCAGCAGCAGGUUGAUGCCCGAAUUUACCUGUGGAAAUGGAACACUCGUAUAAUUAUUUCAGAUGUAGACGGGACCAUUACCAAAUCUGACGUGUUAGGUCAAUUUAUGCCCUUGGUUGGGAUGGACUGGGCACAAACAGGUGUUGCACAUUUGUUCUCUGCUAUUAAGGAAAAUGGGUAUCAGCUGCUCUUUCUUAGUGCCCGUGCAAUUUCACAGGCUUAUCAUACUAGACGAUUCCUGUUCAAUCUUAAACAGGAUGGAAAAGGAUUACCAGAUGGGCCUGUUGUCAUAUCUCCUGAUGGGCUUUUCCCUUCUUUGUAUCGAGAAGUUAUUAGAAGAGCUCCUCAUGAAUUCAAGAUAGCCUGCUUAGAGGAAAUCAAAGCGUUGUUUCCUCCCGAUUACAACCCGUUCUACGCAGGUUUUGGAAAUAGGAACACGGAUGAAAUAAGUUACCUUAAAGUAGGGAUCCCGAAAGGGAAAAUAUUCACCAUCAAUCCCAAGGGUGAGGUUGUUGUUAACAAACACAUAAACACAAAAUCUUACUCGUCUCUUCAUGCUCUGGUCCAUGGCAUGUUUCCCCCGACUGCAAAAUCUGAACCGGAAGCCUUUAAUCAGUGGAAUUACUGGAAGUUGCCUCCUCCUGAUAUCGAUAUUUGAAAAGUCGGGAGGCGGAACUAAAUCCUGUUUUGUGAUAUAGACACUGCUUUGGUUGGCCACACCAUUCGAGAUAUUCUAGUGUCGUCUCGGUCCUCUCUGAUGAUUGCACUGGUCAUAGCUGAAGCUGAGAACUGAAUUGCAGUUUUGUCGCAUCAGCUCCCUCACCGAUACACGAUUUCUUUCUGUAGUAUUAUUUUGUGCAGAAUUUGUAAAGUGGUUGCGUCGAUUUUCCGCAUUGCAGGUUUCGUAAUUGUACCAUAGAUUCACCUGAGGAUCUGGAACAGAGACUGUUUUCCAGGAAACAUAUGAACAUGUAAAGAGUUUAUUGAAAUUGCACAUACAAAUGGACAUGCAUACAUAUACAGCCGAAUUGGCAGUAUUGAUUGA